AUCAACCAAUAUGGCUGCUUUAUAGUUGUUUUGGUUAUUUGGGUGGAUUUUAUCCAAGCCACGUGCGUUAAAAGUUGUCGGCUAAUUGGAUCUUGGUUGUUGAGGUGUGCUAAGAAUCAGUAAUUGAAAUGAUUUGAUAAAUGGAAUAGUAAAAUGAGAUAGUAGGUACUGCUUGAUAGUUGGCAAAAGGAGGAUUGAUCUUAUAAAAUGAGUUACAGUAGGGAUUACCUAUACAACGAAAAAAAUGGAGUUGCUCUACAGCCUAUUCAAGCUGCAGAAGUGGUUAAUGAAAGAACACGCCUACAACAACCCGUGAAACUUCAACCGUCUUGGGAGGAGAAUAACUUGCCAGAGGACGAAUUGAAUUUUAAAAGUUUGACCAUGGAUGAAGCGAGUUUACAGCUCAACACUCCUCCCGAUAAAUACAAUUUAGUGUAUUUAACGUUUCUGAUCCAUGGUAUCGGUGUUUUAUUGCCUUGGAACAUGUUCAUCACUGCCAAUGCAUAUUUUAUAAAUUAUAAAUUCUCCCAGGAGUACUUAGGAUACGUGUUUCCUCAUUUGUCUAAUUUUAUGCAGUAUCUGACGUUUUGUUCUCAAGUUCCUAAUGUCCUUUUUAGUUGGAUUAAUAUUUUUGUACAUAUUGGAGGGAAUAUAAACAAAAGAAUUGUGUGGAGCAUAGUUGUGGAAAUUGUGCUUUUUAUUAUAACAGUUAUCCUGGCAAUGGUUGAUUCUAGCGCGUGGCCAGAUGGAUUUUUUUAUAUCACUAUGAUAAGUGUUGUUUUUUUGAAUAUGGCCACCGGUAUAUAUCAGAACACCGUUUAUGGUAUGGCUGCCAAGCUGCCGUCAAGGUACACGGCUUCUGUAAUAUUAGGAAAUAACAUUUGCGGCACUUUCAUUGCCAUUAUUAGCAUCAUUUCUAAUCUGGUGACUUCCAAUGCGAGAAUGGCUGCCAUCUAUUACUUCAUAAUGGCACUGUUUGUGCUGUUGAUUUGUUUUGACACAUAUUUCGCCUUACCACUCAAUAGGUUUUAUAGACAUUUCCAAUUAAAGGAGAAGAAGGAGCUCGAACAGAGGCAGCAGAUAACAAAAGUAUCAAAUGAACGACCUCCUUACUUGUAUAUUCUGAAGAAGGCUAUGCCACAGUUGUACAACGUUUUCUUUAUAUUUUUCGUGACCCUGUCUGUAUUUCCAUCGAUACAUGCCAACAUCGAGUCCCUGGACAAAAAUUUUUUCAUCUCGCCCGCUCACUACUCGGCUAUAACUUGUUUUAUGACUUUUAAUAUUUUUGCUAUGCUUGGCAGCUGGCUACCAAGUUGUGUCAUUUGGCCUGGUCCAAAAUAUUUAUGGAUUCCGGUCACCCUGAGGGCUCUUUACAUCCCUUUCUAUUUACUGUGUAAUUACCAGGUGAAGGGAGUCGAGAGAAUCUUGCCAGUAGUAAUUACUAACGACUGGGUUUACUGGAUAGUCGCCAUUACUAUGGGUUUCACCAGCGGGUAUUUCAGUUCUCUUGCUAUGAUGUAUACGCCAAG